AUGCCGGGCUUCGCAGAUUCGUUCUGGUCCAACGACUACGCCGCAGGACUUGGUGUCCUGUUCGGCAAGCUCCAGCAAGGCGUUGUCGAGAACCGCCAAGUCCUGACGAUCGCCCGAAUGCGCGCCGAGGCCGAGGAGAUCUACGGUCAACGCCUCUCCGAGAUUGCCCCCGCAGUCGACAAGAUCCAAGGCGGCUUUGGCCGCGACGAUGGCGCCAGCGUGCGCAAGGCGUACGACGGCGUACGAACCGAGAUGGAGGAUGCCUCCAAGAACCACAAGAAGAUUGCCCAGAACAUCCGCGACCUGGUCGUCAACCCCUUCUCUCGCUGGUGCGAUGCGCACGAAACUCGGAUACAGGAUUCCCACGAGGAACUGCAGGGACGGAUCAAAGCCCACGACAAGCAGGCCGAGGCCGUCAAGAAGCUGAGGAGCAGCUACUUCAACAAAUGCCGCCUUGUCGAGGAUAUCGAGGAAGAGAACAAGCUCGCGUUCCAGGACCCCGAGGGCAGCCCAAAGCAACUGCAGAAUAUCCCAGAAAUCAAGGUGGACCAAGAACCAGCAGAGGAGGAGGAACCCCUCGAGAUCGGCGACCAGAUAUACUCCCCCGAACAAGUGAAGAAGAUCCUGUCGCACAUGAUCGCAACCGUCAAGAUGGGCGAGACCAAGGUUCCAAUCCUCGGGACAUACCAGAACACCUCGGCUGGCUCCGAUAUCGUGGAAUACAUCCAACAGAAUAUGGGGAGCUCAAGCGUGAGCUAUGCGGAGCGCAUUGGUCAGGAUCUGGUGACUCACGGCUUCCUGCGCCUGGUCGGCAACGUCGGAAACACCUUCGCCAACAGCUCCAAGCUGUUUUACCAAUGGCGACCGCAGGCAUUUGAGACGGCCGGUGUCCCCGAAAAGAAGGCGAUGGCGAGGACCUUCUCGAUCCCGGUGGGCGGGUCCGAUGGCGGCGACUCUCCGGUGGUUGGCGCCGUGACCGAGUACCUGGCCAAAUGGGACGUCCUAAACACGUCGCGGCCGAACGAGACGCCCGCUGAGCGCAUGCGCCGGGAAGCCAGGGAAGCGGACGAUCGGUACAAGGCUGCAGUUCAGAAGCUGGACGAGAUGCGCUGCGAGCUGGAGGAGGCCAUUCACGUACAUCUCAAGUUUCUUGAGCGGUGCGAGCUGGACCGGCUGAAGGCUACCAAGACGGUCAUCCUGGACUUCUCCGGGACCAUUAGCAAUGUGAUCCCCAGCUUGCAGUCCACCGUCGACAACAUGAUGCUGUACCAGGAGACUGUGCAGCCGCUCGGAGACCUCCGGUACCUUCUGGAGAACUACCGGACCGGCAGCUUUACCCCGAAGGUGGUGGUCUACGAAAACUAUUACAACAAGGUCGACGAGCAGACCUUCGGCGUGGACCUCGAGGCCCGCGCCAGGGCCGACCGGAAGCGCGUUCCCGUCAUCAUCACGACACUCCUCACCUAUCUGGAUCACCACUAUCCUGACCUUGAGGGCGACGAAGCCCGCAGGGGAGUGUGGCUGCACGAAGUACCGCUUGCCCAGACACACAAGCUGAGGGCCAGGGUCAACAACGGGAAAGCGCCAGCCCUCGAAACGUUUGCUGAAUUUGAUAUACCCACGGUCGCGAGUCUGCUGAAGCUUUAUCUCCUUGAACUUCCUGAUUCUCUUGUCUCGUCGCACGUAUACGAAAUCAUCCGGACCAUCUACACCACCCCAACCGCGGAUGGCGGCGAUGCGGCCCGCGUCCCCGUUCUACAGCAGACACUCUCCCAGCUGCGGCUCACUAACAUUGCGUCCCUGGAUGCCUGCAUGAACCACUUCACGCGCCUGAUCGACCUCACAUCCGCCGAUGAGGAGUACAUCGCCAAGCUCGCGACCUCUCUCGCCCCCUGCAUCCUGCGCCCGCGCUCGGAGACGUCGCUCACGAUGGAGGAGAAGCACGCCUACCGGCUUGUCCGCGACCUCUUUGCGCAUAAGGACUCCAUCUUCAACGAACUGAAGCGCCUGUCGACCGCAAACUCUUCUGGCUCUAUUAAGGGUAACCAGAACCGGCCACGGGCAAUCUCCACCGAUGAAAGCAACCGCAAGGCGCACAUGGAAGAGCGCAACCGCGCGCUCCUGGAGAAGGCCACCGGCAGCCGAAGCAGGGCAACCUCUCCGGCACCCAGCCCCCGCGCUUCCCACCGCCGCGAUCGGAGCGUCGGAGGCCCCGAGACGCGCUUCCCCAUCUCAACGAACCUCACCAGCCCCACCAGCGAGCCCCGGAAGCGCACCAGCCUCGGCCCGAACCUCCCCAAGCGCACGAGCCUCGAAGUCCCCGGCGAAUCCGACACCCCAACCAACACCGCCAACCUCAGCCACCCCGCCGACGGCAACUUCAUCAUGAACGGCAUCAACGCCAUGACAGCAGCCUCCUCCGCCGCCGCUCCGGGCACACCACCAGCCCAAACCCCCAUCGCCACCGCCACGGACCCCCACCUCGCCAAGGUCGGCGAGCAGGACCACCACAUGGUCGAGAAGCGCAACAGCCUCGGCCGCAGCGGCGCGCGCUUCUCGUCCGGUCGCCGCGUGACGCCCGCGUCGGCCGCUGCGGCGGCCGCCCGCACGGCUACCCCGCCGCCGAAUAAUCAUCCGGAGAGGGGCACCCCGCAGCAGCAGCAGCAGCAGCAUGGGCAUGGGCAGCAGCAUAGUGUCACGCUGGUUGAUGCGCCGAUGGAUUACUAG